AUGAGGCUAAAUAAUAUUUUCAAUGCUGGCUUCUUAGCCACUGCUGCCACUGCCUUAUCCAUUCCCCGCGGGAAAGGUUCCCUUCCUGGUCCCUCAUUUAGCCCCCCUCCAAAUGUUGACAGCGACAGCCAUGUUAUUCAGUGCAAUUACCCUUCGAUGAAAGGUUGGGCAGCCGACAAGAGCAGCAAAACUGGUUGGCUAAAGUGGGUUGGUGAUGGGCCUGCGCCGGCUCCAGGAGCUUUCAACAUUACUACAGAUUAUGAAAAAAUAUUCCCGGAGGGUGUGACGAGGAAGUACAAUUUGGUGGUGGAUGAAGGCUCUGUCAAUCUCGACGGAGUGGAUGCAAACCAUGCGAUGCUCUUUAAUGGCCAGUAUCCAGGCCCUUGGAUUCAGGCAUGUUGGGGUGACAUUGUUGAAAUAACUGUUACCAACAAGCUGAAAUACAAUGGAACUGCCCUCCAUUGCCAUGGCCUUCGAAUGUUCGAUAAUCUUCUCAUGGACGGUGUACCCGGUGUUACACAAUGUCCCAUUGCACCAGAGGAUACCUUCACAUACAGGUUUAGAGCUACUCAGUACGGUUCAACGUGGUAUCACAGCCACUAUUCUCUACAGUACUCCGACGGCUUAGUUGGUCCUUUGACUAUUCAUGGCCCUUCAAGUGCAGAAUAUGAUGCAUCCAUUGAUCCUCUCCUUUUGGGUGACCAUCUUCAUAGGAGCGCUUUCCAAGACUACUAUAAAGUGCAGACCAGGAUACCCCCAGAAAUGGACAGCCAAAUUCUGAAUGGAAUUGGGAACUAUAACAACGAUCCAAGCCGGAAGCCCUAUAGCACACUUGUGAAAGCAGGCAAAAAAUAUUUAAUGCGGCUGAUUAAUACAUCCACCGACACUACCUUCAUCUUCUCCAUUGAUAAACACAAUUUUACUGUCAUUGGUGCCGAUCUUGUUCCAUUGGAGCCAUAUGACACUUCUCACAUUCUAAUCGGCAUUGGCCAACGCUAUCAUGUCAUUCUCAAUACCCUACCAGACGUACAGGACGGGGAUUCCUUCUGGAUUCGCAUGGCCCCUGCUGGAGAUGGGUGCAGCAGAUUUCGGAAAGAUCAUGUACCUGAUGAAAGGAUGGGAGCAUUAUACUACGGAAAGAAGACCGAGGCGCUGCCCAAAUCUGAAGGGGGAGGAUACGAUAUAAGUUGCCGCGAUGAACCAUAUGAGCGACUGAAACCAAUCCAGAAAUGGAAUGUACCAGAUCCACUAUUGGCACCAGGCUUGAUGUCAAAGACUCAGAAAAUCGGCAUUGAUAUCUGGAACCCCCCAGGUCGCCCCGCCGAUGCACCAAAAAUUGCAAACUGGGGAGUCGGGCCGCAACCAAUGUGGCUGAACUACUCUAAACCCAUCGUGAAAAACAUGAACAUAGAAGACUGGCCUGAAACUUGGUCCGUUUACCGAGCAAACGACUUUACACAUGAGCAGUGGGUAUACCUUGUUGUUACAGGGCAAGAAAAACAAGCGGAGCUGGGGAGAACACAGGCUCCAAAUGCCCAUCCGAUUCACUUCCAUGGCCAUGAUUUUGCUCUCCUGCAGCAGUCUUACGAACCGUUUAACAGCAAAACCCUGAACCUCAAGCUUGACAAUCCACCUCGCCGGGAUGUCGUUCUGCUCCCCAGCAACGGCUUUGUUGUCCUUGCAUUUAAGGCUGAUAACCCUGGUUCCUGGCUUAUGCACUGCCACAUCGCAUGGCAUGCUUCUGCUGGCCUCGCUCUCCAAAUCUUGGAGGAUAAAAACGACGUCAUAAAGUAUCUCAAGUCUCACCCUGAAGAUGUCAAGGAGAUGCACCGGGUGUGCGACAAUUGGGAUAAAUGGUACGGCAAUGCCGACAACCAUUAUCCCGCCGACUACUUCCAGGAAGACUCUGGUAUAUAA